CGCGUCUGGGUACGGGAGGAUCGGCGGAGCUGGGAUAGUCCCGUUCCUCUGCUCUCCCGCCCCAUCCCCCCCUCCUCUCCGAGGAUGGCGGCCCCCGAAGCCGGCAGCACAGGUUCCCAGCUUGCAUUUCUCCCACAAGCGCUCCCUGGGUGCCAUGCCUGUAUCCCCACCCAACACGUGCCCAGGCAACCUGACUGUCCUCAUCCCAUGUGGGGCCAAUACCCAUGGCAGGUGUGGUGCGUAGGUGGUGCACGUGCAGCCAUGGGACACCUGUGGGACCAGGAGGCAUCUAUGAUUCUUCUCUGUGGACCACCUGAGGCUGCUCUAUCCACCUCUAUUGGGGUCCCCUCUGGGCCAGGGGAGGCUGAGCCCGGCGCAGCUCAGUGCAUGUGUGGCCCCACUGCUCUGCCUGCAGGCGGUGUGAUCAGCUACGUGGGCUCCAGCGGCGCCUCACCCAACUGCACCAGCCCCAUCUCACUCUGUAGCGACAGCUCCAACAUCAGCUCACAGUCGGGCUCUCAGCCCUUCCCCACCUACUUUCCCCCAUCACCCACUGGCUCCCUGCAGGAUUUCCGUACCUAUGGCAGGGGCUCGCUGGCCUCCCGUGAAGAUGGCUCCCCUUCAUCUUCCUCCUCCUCAUCCUCCUCCUCCUCCUCCUUCUCCUUGUACGACUCCUCGGUGAACUUCCCUGGGGUGCAGCAGGUCCCCGUGGAUGAGCGGCGCCGCAGCUUGCCCAGCAAAGCUGGCAGCACCAUCACCAAGCUGAACGGUAUGGUGCUGCUCUGCAAGGUCUGUGGGGAUGUUGCCUCCGGUUUCCACUACGGUGUCCAUGCCUGUGAAGGCUGCAAGGGCUUCUUCCGCCGCAGUAUCCAGCAGAACAUCCAGUACAAGAAGUGCCUCAAGAAUGAGAACUGCUCCAUUGUCCGCAUCAACCGCAAUCGCUGCCAGCAGUGCCGCUUCAAGAAGUGCCUGCUGGUUGGCAUGUCCCGUGAUGCUGUGCGCUUUGGGCGCAUCCCCAAGCGGGAAAAGCAGCGGAUGCUGGUGGAGAUGCAGAGCGCGAUGAGUGGCAUAGCCAGCAUCCCACCAGGGAUGGCCAGCCUCAGCGAGGGUCCAGCGCUGGGCAGGGGUCGUGCACUGCCCCCCUGCCUCCCACCGCUCGUUCCCCCUGCCUGCUUCUCGCAGUUUCCGCAGCAGCUUACCCCCCCGCGCUCGCCCAGCCCCGGGGGUGCCACCGAGGACGUCAUCGCACAGGUGGCCAAGGCUCACAAGGAGAUCUUUGUCUAUGCACAUGACAAGCUGGGUUCCCCCCCGGCCUGCGACACCAGCCUCCCGCGCUGGGAUGCACCCCCGACCUGGGCCUCCAGCCCCCCUGAACCCUGGCUCUGCCCCCCCACCUACCCCAACUCCCUCGUGCGGGGCACCAAGGACGUCCUGGCCUGCCCCAUGAACAGCCACCGGCCUGGCUGCAGUGGGCGCUCGGUGCAGGAGAUCUGGGAGGAUUUCUCCCUCAGCUUCACCCCUGCCGUCCGUGAGGUGGUCGAGUUCGCCAAGCACAUUCCAGGCUUCCAGGCCCUCUCCCAACACGACCAGGUCACUCUGCUCAAGGCUGGCACCUUUGAGGUGCUGAUGGUUCGCUUCGCCUCCCUGUUCGACGUGAAGGAGCAGACGGUGACAUUCAUGAGCCGGACGAAGUACAGCCUAGAGGAGCUGUGGGGCAUGGGCAUGGGCGACCUCCUCAGCUCCAUGUUUGAGUUCAGUGAGAAGCUCAGCGCCCUCAACCUCACCGACGAGGAGCUGGGGCUCUUCACCGCCGUUGUCCUGGUUUCGGCAGACCGCUCGGGCAUGGAGGACACGGCGUCGGUGGAGCAGCUACAGGAGACACUGAUCCGUGCCCUGCGUGCCCUCGUCUUGAAGACGCACCCGGCCGAGACGUCGCGUUUCACCAAGCUGCUGCUGAAGCUGCCUGACCUGCGCACCCUCAACAACCUUCACUCCGAGAAACUACUCUCCUUCCGUAUUGAUGCCCAGUAGGACCCUGACAAAAACACACCCCACACCCUGCACCCCCCUAAACACCCCAUGGCACCCACUGGACUCCUAGGGCAGGGGAGGAGCUGCACCACUCAGGUGGGUGCUGAGAUGCCAGGACCACCACUCUCCAGUUGGGUGCCAGCCCCACAGCUGGCAGUUCCAGGGAGGGGGGAUCCUCAACCUCUCAACUCAGUCAUCCAGUGAUAUAAAGCAGAGGCUGCAUCCAGCUGAGUGGUGUGGGUGGGUUUGGUUGUUGGUUGGUUUGGUUUUUUUCAUCAUAUAUUUAUUACAUAAAUAUAUAAUAAAAUAGACCAGCAACAA